AGAAUCAAAAUUUUCUUGAAUUCUUUCUUCAAAAAAAAGAAAUCUUGAAUUCUCAUUUUCUUGGGUUUUCUUUGAUUUAUAUUUCAGUUUUAAUUUUAAUUUUAAUUUUAAUUCACUGAUCUGAUAUGGCUGAGGAAACUAAAGCACCUGCUGCCGCUGCCGAGGAGGUGGUGGUUUCCGAUGUGCCGGUAGCGGAGAAGCCGGAGGCUCCGGCGGUUGUGGAGAAGGAGGCUGAACCCGAGGCCGCCGGAGAAGCGGUGGUGGUGGAAGGUGAGAAGGAGAAGAGUGGUGUUGCAGAAUCGACGUCGUUUAAGGAGGAGAGUAAUAAGGUGGAGGAGCUUCCGAACCCGGAGAAGAAAGCUUUGGAUGAGUUUAAGCAGUUGAUUCAGGAGGCUUUGAACAAGCACGAGUUUACUGCUCCGCCGCCGCCGCCGCCGCCGCCGGCGCCGGCGAAGGAGGAGGAGAAGAAACCCGCUGAGAGUGAGAGUAAGGAAACUGAGGCUGCACCGGCCGACGCUCCGGCGGCGGCGGAGGAGCCACCCAAGGCCGAAGAGAAAACAGAAGAGGUGGCGGCCCCACCCGCCGCCGCCCCGGAGCCAGAAUCAGCACCCAAGGAGGCGGAAAAGAAAGAGGAGGAGGAGAAAACCGCUCCACCACCGCCACCCACGGAGGAGGCGCCGGCGGAGCCCGCGGUGGUUGUCGUCGACGAAAAGGCCGCCCCACCGGCGGAGGAAAUCAAGGAGACCAUCGUGGAAGUAGCCGCCGCAGCCCCACCGGCGGAAGAGCCAGCCCCCGCCGCCGCCGCCGCCGACGGCGGCGCCGGCGAGGAGGAAAAGGAAGAAGAAGCCCCCCCACCAGUACCGGAAGAGGUUUCCAUCUGGGGAAUUCCCCUCCUCGCCGACGAACGCAGCGACGUGAUUCUCCUCAAAUUCCUCCGGGCACGCGAUUUCAAGGUCAAAGACGCCUUCAAUAUGCUCAAAAGCGUGGUUUCAUGGCGGAAAGAGUUCAAAAUCGACGAGCUCCUCGGAGAAUCCGAACUGGGUCAAGGCCUAGAUAAGGUUGUCUACAUGCACGGAGUCGACAAAGAAGGCCACCCAAUCUGCUACAAUUCCUUCGGAGAGUUUCAGGACAAAGAAUUGUACCAGAGCACCUUCUCCGACAAGGAAAAGCUCAACAAUUUCCUGCGAUGGAGGAUCCAAUUCAUGGAGAAAUCAAUCAGAAACCUCGACUUCAGCCCAGAUGGGAUUUGCACCUUUGUUCAGGUCAUUGAUCUCAAGAACUCCCCUGGCCUUUUCUUCUUCAAGAAAGAGCUCCGCCAGGCCACCAACAGGGCUCUCCAAUUACUCCAAGACAACUACCCAGAAUUUGUUGCCAAACAGGUGUUCAUCAAUGUUCCUUGGUGGUACCCAUCCUACUAUCGGAUGAUCAAUGCGCUGUUCACCACGAGGACGAAGAGCAAGUUUGUGUUUGCGGGCCCUUCCAAGUCUGCCGAGACCCUCUUCAAAUACAUUGCGCCCGAGCAAGUGCCAGUUCAAUAUGGUGGACUUAGCCGGGAAGGCGAUUAUGAGUUCACUACUACUGACCCUGCGAUAGAGGACACUAUCAAGCCGACCUGCAAGCAUACUAUCGAAUUGCCUGUCACCGAGAAUUGCACUUUGGUUUGGGAGGCGAGAGUGGUCGGGUGGGAUAUCUCCUAUGGAGCGGAGUUUGUGCCAGCCGACGAAGGCGCCUACACCAUCAUAGUAGAGAAGUCGAGGAAGAUUGGAUCGGCCGACGAGACGAUAAUUGGCAACACCUACAAAGCCGAGAGCGCGGGAAAAGUCGUGUUAACGUUCGACAACCAGACCUCGAAAAGGAAGAAGCUUCUCUAUAGGUCCAAGACCAAAGCCCUCUGAUCUGCUUGAUUGAUUGAUUGAUUGAUUCCGGGUGCUUCAAGUUCCAUAUGAAAGGAAGGGUUCUUUCCUUGUUCAUAGAAUUUUUUUCUUUCUUAAAUUUAAUUUUAUGGUCUGGGAUAUGUUAUAAAAUAUUUGUUGCAUUUUUUUUUUCUUUUCAUUUAAGAGGGGUUUUGGUCUUUGGAUUGUUCUAAAUAUAUGGGAGCAGAAAUUUGAGAAAGUAUUAUUGUGGAAUGUAUUCAAGACAACAUAUUUGUUACUAGCUAAUACACAACUUUGCCUUGUAAAAUUUGUGUAAAUCUUUUGUUUUCUUU